AUGUCAUUAAACUCAAAAUAUCAUUACUUUAAUAAUUAUAAUCAACCACUACUGAUACUACUACCAGUGCUACUACUACUACUACUGGCGCUGACCAUUGACCAGUCCCAGCAAUAUUGUGCAAAGUUUGGCCGACAUCUACUUCAGCACCAGUGUGUACUGACACCGGAAUCAUCGGAAGGACCAUUUUAUCUGCCCUAUCAUCUGACCCGUCGGGAUGUACGCGAAGAUCGUGAAGGAUUGCCGUUUGUCCUGAAGCUGACCGUUACGGAUGUGAAUACAUGCGAACCGUUAAACAAUGUGACAGUAGAUAUAUGGCAGGCGGACGCCAGUGGCGAAUACUCGGGCUAUGUUAGGGCCAGCCCUAGUGGCGGCGGUCAUUCACCGCCCAGCGAUAAUGCAACCUUCCUACGGGGCAUACAGAUGACCGAUCAGAAUGGCCAGGCUGAAUUUAUGACCAUAUUUCCAGGUUGGUAUGACCCGCGUACUACACACAUACACUUGCAGACACAUCUAGCCGGGCGUACUCUACACACCGGUCAACUGUAUUUUCCCGACAAAAUGGUUGCCCGUAUUGGCCGCUAUUAUCCGUAUAAUAAUACCAAAUAUGUUCGCAUGAAUAAUGCCGAGGACUGGCUGUUCAAGCGGUUCAACGGCCAGGACUCGAUGAUACAGCGAUUCAAACCGUUAAGAGGUAGACGACUGGCCAACGGACUGGUCGGUGAAAUUAUUGUCGGUUUGGAUCCUAAUAUGGACUCCAAAGAGGCCCUUCACGGUCGUGGAUAAG